AUGAGGAGACUACGCGACUUUGCUAAAGAUUCCCUGGACACGCGAUACCGCUCGGAUACCCUUUCUUCUCUUGAUUCUAACCUCGAGCUCCAACCUCCGACUCGUGCUCCCUCAGCGCACAUCUCCAACCACCCCAAAGACCGCCCGGAGUACGUGAGUCAGCUGGCGUGCUACCGCAAGUUUCACCGCUCAUCCAGCCAGAUUUUCAAUGACCUCAAACUGAUAAGAGUUGUUUCUGACGACACCAGCGACAAGAAGAAACGUGAGAAGGAACCCGAACCCGAGGAAGAGUCACUCGAAAGCCUGAUGUACGUCUUCCAGGUUCUCAACAACACGGGGCCACCCGGCUCACGGGCCGUUUCUGCGUCAAAACCGUCUGUGUCCUCGCCCAAGCCAUACCCUACUCAGAUACCCCCACAUCAACCUCUGCAACAGGUCUUGUCCCCGCAGGUGAUGGACACCUACACAGAGAGCACCGACCGAUCGUCAGACCAGAACCAGCCCAGUGUGUUUUCGGACCUGACGCAAUUGUCGACGCCCCAAAGCUCUCCUGCGGAAACCCACGAGCCCCAGCUGCGGUUCUGUCCUGAGGUGGAGCUCGUUGUGUAUCAACGCAAGUACCCACUGAUCAAAAGCAACAAGUGGCAGGACCUGCUGCGUCUGAAACGGUCCCACCCGGAGUACGAACAUGAAGAAGAGGAGUGGACUGACACCAUCAGCAAGCCAAUUCUCAAGAGCAGAAACAACCAUAACGCCGAGCGUGAGAUGGCCACGGUGCGGCGUGAGGACCAGUUGUCCAUCGACGAUUUUCUGAAACGUCUCGAGACCUACGAUACCAUCAGGGAAGAGAUGCAGGAUUACUUUGCCUGCAAGCGGGACCAUGUGAUCUACAGAUACAACCGUCAGUUGAGGGAGAUGUAA